UUAGUUCUUCGUUGAUUUUCUUAUUUGUGGUGUUAUCGUUUUUCGGAGAAUGGCUGCAUUUGGUAGAAUUGCGAAUCGAGUGUUAAAUUUGGCACCAAAUUUGCGACCAUUACAAAGAAAUCUUCACAAAUUAAACAGUGCCAAAAGUGUGCCACAGAAUUAUACAAAAUAUUUAGUGCUUGUUGGUGGUGGUCUGACUGCGUUGAUAUGUACAAAUUAUCUCAAAAGCGAACGUUUAGACGCUGCUUUUCGCAUGCGAAAGAGCGAAGAUGAAAAUUUGCUUAAGAAAUUGACGUCACGUGAGCGCCGCUUCAUCAAGUUCGCAUCGGUGGAAUACCGCGGCCAAUUGUAUAUGACACCGCAAGAUUUCCUAGAUUCUGUGGUUGAGCAGGAGCCAAGACCUCGCCUGAAACGACGCAUGCUGAGUGACCAAGACUUGCAGACCAUAAAAGACAACACACCGCCCUUGAAGAAAGGCUCAAAAAUGCUAUUUCGCACACUAAGGGACAGAGGCAUUGUUUCGUACACAGAGUAUCUUUUCCUGUUAUCCGUUUUGACAAAACCCAUUUCUGGUUUUCGCAUUGCAUUUAAUAUGUUCGACACAGACGGCAAUCAACGCGUUGAAAAGGAUGAAUUUCUAGUGAUUUUGAGAAUUUUGGGUGGUACUUUCAAGCAGUCUAAAGUCGACGAAGAAACGCGUAAGCUUUUGUUAAGUUUACUUUGGACUCAAGAAACUGCGGAUGCAAUAUUUUUCAAAGCUACAAAAAAAGAUGAAGAAAGCAAAGAUAUGGAAAGCAUUUUUAGUGGUGUCUGGAAGGAUAAACGACGUUCUAAGGACGAUAGCGAUAAAAAGCAAUUGAAAGAUGAACCUGUAAAACGUGCGCAGGACGAUUAUAUUGCUGACGAUGAGGGCCUACAGCGCAAACAUCGCAUCGACACCACACUACAGAUCCAUUUGUUUGGCAAGAAGGGCAAUCAGGACCUCAACUAUGAUGGCUUCUACAAAUUCAUGGACAAUCUGCAGACAGAGGUGCUCGAAUUAGAGUUUAAUGAAUUUUCCAAAGGCAAUGUGGCGAUCACCGAAAAUGAUUUUGCAAAAAUCUUACUACGCUACACCUAUUUGAAUACGGAGGAAUACGAUGCAUAUUUGGAGCGUCUAAUGGAUCGCAUUAAAGAGGAACGCGGCAUAACGUUCGAUGAGUUUCGUGACUUCUGCCGCUUCCUCAACAAUUUGGAGGACUUUGCAAUCGCUAUGCGCAUGUAUACGCUGGCCGAUCGCGCCAUCUCACAAAGUGAAUUCUCGCGCGCUGUGAAAAUAUGCACUGGCUUCAGCCUUAGUAAACAUUUGAUUGAUACGGUUUUUGCCAUUUUUGAUGACAAUGGUGACGGUAUGCUGUCCUACAGAGAGUUCAUCGCCAUCAUGAAGGAUCGUGUGCAUCGUGGCUUCAAAGUAAGUCAUUGGAAAGUACUUGAGUACGAUCUGGCUAAUGAUGAAUUUAUCGAGGCUGACAGUCCGUUGUUUGCGGUGUGGCGUCAACGCGCCUGUCGCCGCUUAGAUCAUUUCAAGGAUACCGAGUUAUUCUCUUAAAAUUUACUGAUUAUUAUUUUUAUUAUCAAAAAUUGAAAGCUUUCGAAAUCAAUUCAAUUGUAAAGAGGCUUAGCAGUCCAUUUGAGUUCUCUCUCAUUUCUUAAGUGCCAUAACAUAGUUUGUUCAAAAUAUUUCUUAACACAUUUUUAUUUUUUUUUUACCAAAAGUGCAUGUUGAUUCGUUUAUUUUUUGUGCUUACUUUUUGUUUAUACACAUUUUUUCAUAAUUACAAUUUAUACUUAUUACUUUUAAUGUAAAAUUUGUGAAAUCAGCAUGCGCUUGCAUAUCUUGAUCUACGUGAAUUUGAAAGUGCCCAUAGCAAAAUCUUACAUUUUUUAUUGCAUCAAUAGCACACUUUUUCAUCCAAAGUAAAACUAAUUUUUAUUCUCCAAUAUCUCAUUACUCUGCGUAUCAUAUCCUUAAAUGUACAAUUUUUAUAUGUAAUUUGUUCAAAACCACUUCAUAUGCAUAUUUUACCAUUCCAUUUUAUGUUUCGUAUAAAAAAUUAAAUCUCUAAAUUCCUUGCUGAUUUGUUUAAUUAACAUUAUAACAUUAUUAUACUCAUUUUUUAGUUUAUAUCAUUUACAUGCUUAUUAAUAUUCAUAUACUUAUUUUUAAAUAAAAAACUAAUAAUUUGAAAUAUGAUUUCAUUGUUUUAUUUGGCUUUUAUGUUUGUUAAUGUUUAUACCUCUAUUAUAUUUAAGUUAUUUUAAUAUAUUUUUUUUCAAACAUUAACAGAUUUACAACAAAAAUGUAUGAUUUUUACAAAAUUUGCUUAUUUUUAACCACACCUCCAAUACUAUAAAUACAUAUACAACAUAAGACAUAUAAAACUUGACUCAAAUAGUUUUGGGCGGUUCAGCUCUUAAUUUAUGGAUGAAUUUAUUUAUGGAAGAAUUUCUCGUGUAUAUGCUUCGGUAGCUUCAAAGUUGAGUAAAAUAACUUUUAGAUGGUCUAACUACUUUUGAAACACGAAUGUAAAAAGCAGAAAAAAAUGUUU